AUGGAUUGGGAUCACAUUCUCGCUCUUACUCCCGAAGACCUCGACGACGACGAGAAGGACGAGCUGUACAACACGGUGACGUGGUUUGAGUGCGACGGCGACGAUGUCGAUUUAACAAAAUGCAAAGUUUUGUUGAGGGUGAGUCAGGAAAUCUUGAAGUACAAGGGGGAGCAGGUGGAGGCUUUGCUGCACGAGUUGGAAGAGGUGGCGGUCAAACAGGGCGAGGAGGAAGCGGUCGGGAGGAUGGAGUCUGAUACGAGGAGUUCCAGGUCUAGGAAGUCUAGUAGUAUAGAAUUGGAAAAUUUAGAAUUAAAAUAUUUGGAGCUUAAGGGCAAGUACAAGAAAACUAUGAAAAUCAAUGAAAAGAACACCGCGGAAAUAAAUAAGCUGACUAACACAAUAAAAAUAUUGGAGAGAGAAAAUAAGAACUUGCAGAAUGAGGUUCAAGCGAAGUCUCAUGAGACAGCUAGCGAAUCUGAUAUAUCUGAAAACAUAAAGGAUCAGCAAAAAGAACUGAUGCAGACCGUCCAAAACAAGAAUAAACAAAUUUCGGAACUACUUGGCGAUAUAGAAGUGGUCGAAAAGGAAAAUUUUAUUUUACGCGGAAAACUUUCCAAUGUCAGAGACGAGCUAUCCCUCGCUACAAAGGAGAUAUCUACCAUGACGGAGAUUUUAAAGGCAAAAGAAGCAGCCAUCGAAGAAAACGAAGGUAAUGAAUCUUUGAAGAAAAUUUCCGCGCAAUACGACAUUCUUCAAGAAGAAUUCGAAGAAUUAGAACAGUUGAAGAAGAACAUGGAACAGGAAAUGAAGGAUUUUGUUGCUGAAGUAGACACGAGAGUAGACCAGUGGAAACAAAUACUGGACCAAAAAGACGCAGAAAUCCAAGAACUGAAGAGUAGGAAUCAUCAACCCAGCUUAAAUUCUUCCUUGUCCAGUCUACCAAAUGACGAAAUUGAAAAAUCUCAGGUUAACGCUUUGCAGAGGUCUCUAUCAGAAAGAGAAAAGCAACUGAUGGAGGUCCAGAUUCAGCUCCAGGUAGCUACCAAAGAAAUGGAAGAAAAUACAGAGAUUUUGAGGAACCUGAAGGAAGAAAGGGACAAAGAUGUGAAUAAACUCAAAGAAUUGUACCAAACAGUGAAGAAUUUAAAAAAACAAUUGAAAGCUGUCCAUGAGCGGUGCCAAAAUUUGCAGGAGGAGGUGACCUACGCUGAGAAGACUUCUGCCAGUAAAGAUGCAGAGCUGAAAGACAUUCUGGAUAAGAUGCAUGAAAAUGGGCAGGUGGAUUUGGUCGUUCAGGUCAAGGAAUUGCAGGACUUGAAGACGGAGAAUAGGAUCAAAGAAAAGCAGAUCAUGAAUUUAGUGAAAACCUCUAAUAAAUUGCAAGAAAACUGUGAUCUUUAUGAAAAAGAAAACGAGGUGUUAAGAACCAAACUGGGAAUGUCCGAGGAUGAACAACUAAACCUAAGCGGUUUCGCAGCAAAACAGUCCAAACACAAGAAGGAGCUAGAAGUUCUUAAAAAGAAACUAACCAAAAUGGAAGAAGAAAAGCUUUCGUUGAAGUCGGAAACCCAAAAACUCAAUAGAAUGCUGUCUUCCUUAACCGACCAAAUUCUUGAACUGGGCCACAAACCCAUCUACGACAACGUUACAGAGCGCAAGCCAAUUUCCGUGGAUCUAAAAAACGAGAACAAAGCUCUCGUGGAUGAAAACGAAGCUUUGAGGAAGGGAAUGCACGAGAUACUAAACAGCAUCAACGUGAAGAAGGGUUCAUCUUUGAACGAGAUCAAAUCAGAGACGUUUGAGAAACUACUGAGGGCUUUAGACGUUAAACAUAUUUCGGGAUGGUACCACCCUGCUAUGAGGCUACAAGCGGAGCUCCAUAAUUUGGAAGGCAUCAACGCGGAAUUGAGAGAGCAACUGAGAGAAGUUAGAGUUGAGGCGGAAAAAUAUAAGUCCAUGGAGGAAAAAGCAGCAACAGUUCACGGGAAGGACGAAGCUGAUGAAGUAGAGGAAAAAGAAAAAUCUGACGAACCAGAUAUUACCCAACCAAAAGAAGAGAGUGACAUCAAGGAGUCUGAAGAUUACAAUAUCAUUGAUAUUACCAAUUUAGAUGACUUGAAGGAAAAUCUGGUCCAGUUAUUCGACAAGAGCGGAGAAAAUUUUAAAACUAUUACAAAUUUAGAUUACAUCUACUUGGAAAAGGAACUGGUUCAGAUUCAAAGAAAAACUUUGGUAAUUUUUAAUGCAUUACUGAACGAAAAAGUAAAACUUGAAAAUGAGCUGAAAUCAAAUGAAGAACGUCUUAAAGUUAUCGAAGAUAAAUGUGAAUUGUCGGAAUCGAAACUAAAGGUAUUGGAAGAAAACGAAACUGAUGAGGCAAAGUUGAAAAAACUGGAAGAAAUAGUUUCUGAUAACGUCGUAUUGAAAAGAAAAGUGAUAUACUUAGAAGACGACUCGAACAAACUAACCAAGAAACUGGAGGAACUUAAAAUCGACUUGUCUAAUUCUCAAUCAGAGCACAUAAAGAAGAUUGGAGAAUUAUCCAGAGCAAAUAUAACUUUGGAGAAGAAUUUAGCGAUACUGAAAAAUCUCAAUGAAACCUCAGUCGACUACGAAGCUUUUGAAGACCUACGGAAAACACUGGACGGUAUUACUAUUAAAUACAGAGAGCUUUCUUCAAACAUCAAAAAGGAUAAUGAAGAAAAAUGCGCUGAAAUAAAGAUGCUUCAGGAGUCACAGAAGACUUUCGAGAAAGAUAAGGCAGAACUAAAGAAAAAACUGGUAGAAGUACUGUCCAAACUUUCGCUUCAAUCAGUACAAGACGUGGACGACAAGAUGGAGAAGCAUUCCCAGAAAUUAGCAGAGUGCGAGGUUAAUGAGAUAACAGAGAGACAACGUGCCAACCACACCAAUAAUUUGUAUGAGUUAGUGAAGGAACAAUUCAACAAGUCCGAGGAACGAUUCCAAGAGUACUCGAAGUAUAACGAGGACUUGCUGAAGAAGAACCUUGUCCUUCAAGAACAACUGAAAGAGGCCGAACACAACCUUUGUAACUAUAUCGACAGGGCAUCGUAUAAACAACUGCAAACGGUUAACAAUGAUCUGGUUAGGCAGAACGAAAAACUGGAGGUGCUCAAUAGUAAACUGGAAGAAGAUUUGAAACUAGCAAAACAGAGCUUCAAUAACCAACAGAUGUGGAACAACUGCAAGGAACAGGAAUUGUUGCAUCUGAAACAUCAGGUCGUCGAUCUCGUUUCUGCUUCUGACGAAAAAAUGAUUAUAGCUCAGCUGAAUUCGGACCUGUUGCACUGUAGGCAGUCGGAAAAUGUAUACAAAACUCGACUGGAUGAAGCAGAGGAGGAAUUAAAGUCGACUAAAGAAGAAUUGGAGAGAAAUACGACCAAAUAUGAACAGGAGAAACUAGAAGCUGAAGAAAAAGAAGUUCAGUUAAAUAAAAAGAUAAAAGUUUUGCAAGAGUUGCUUUGUAAACAAAAGCAGCAAUACUUGGGAAGCAUUCCGCUAUGUUCAGAAGAAAUAUACCUUGAAAAUUUACGAAGUAUAAACAAAGAAAAGCACGAGACGUUCCUCCAUUUGCACAGAACCAAAAUGUUGGAAGCGGAGAAUGAGAUCCUAAAAGAACAGUUGGAAAUUGAGUUGCAGGAUGUGACGAUGCAGAAACAAAUGAUAAUCGAAGGCGACAAAGAAGAAUUCAAAAAGGCUCUCAAUUGGAUGCAGGAAAAGAAAACCUUGCAAAUAAACGAACUGCGAUAUAAGCGUCAAUCUGAAUUCAAAGAAGCUCAACUGCAACACUUCAUGGAUCGCGUGAAGAUGCAGGACGAACAAAUCUCGAAACUGGACGAGGAGCUUUUGUUGUGGCACAAAAAUUUCGACGUCAACCUACCUCCAAAGAAAACUUCUGUUGAAGAAGAAACUCUUCAAAUCCCCAGCCUAAAAUCUGAGCUCAUCAAAGUGCGCGAGGUCGUUGACGAGAAGCAACGAAACAUCGACCAGUUGAAGAGUAAAAUAACCGAACUGGAAAUGACCAUUAGCCUAUUCAGGAAACAAAUCGGUGAUAAACAGAGUCAGAUAACUUUCUAUGAACGUCACAUCAUGGAGUUGCAAGGCAAGAGGGACGAAGUGCAUUCUGGUGGCGCUGGAGGGGACAACCUUAGCGUGGGGAUGGAAUCCAGCAAAAGCAACGAUGAAAUUAUAAGUUUAAAGGCCUCCAUCCAAUCCUUACAGGAUAGUUUGAAGUCUAAAGAGGAAGAGAUAAUAAAAUAUCAAACACUGUUGAAAGUAGACAGAGAUAAACACAGCUUAGCGGCUGCCAGGCUGCAAGAGGAGCUGCAGACCCUCCAGCUAGCUUUGACCGAGGAGAAGCAGAAAUGUUUAAGCUUGAAGGAGACUUUUUCGCGAUCAAGACCCAACAGGGCUGCUCUGGAACAGUACAUGACCCAAGUGCACGCCCUCGAGAAGCACACUGCCGAGUUACACACCAAAAUCACCACCUUGGAAGCCCAGUUGCAGUCGAGCAGACAGGAAGCAGUCAGGUGGAGGUCCUUGGCCAACGACAGGUUGGAUGCCAUGGAGGAACUAAGGAACGACUUGGAGGAGCAGCACAAGAACGAACUCUCCGUUUACAAGACCGAUUCCGAAAAGUUGAAGGAGCUUGGGAACGACGACAAGAACAACCUGUUGCAGCUCAUCAUGAAGUACAAGAGCGAGAGCAGCGGUCAGAUCAGCGCCGACAUUGGCAGACUGAUUAGAGAGAAGGACGACAAAAUCCACGAGUUGACUGUGAAGUUGCGACAAACGAAGAAUGAGGCGAAACGUUUUCCUGCUGCCGAAAAAUUGGAGACUAGCACUUCUCCAAAACUGAACGACCUGGAAUCAUCAGUGGAGCUGCUUUCGAAAGAAAACGAACUGCACAAAAAGAGAUACGAGCAGCUGCUGAAUAAAGAGAGAAGCGCUAGAGAGGAGAUACGAGAUCUGAAAGCUCAGCUUUUGAGGAAACCCAGCGCUGCCAGAACCGACAAGUCGGAGAAGACCAUCAAGGACCAACUCCAAAGGAAGAUCUCCUCUCUGGAAAACGAGAUGGCCGACCUCAAGCAAAACCUGGCCGAACAGAUCUCCAUCAACGAAGGCCAUAGGGUCCAGGCUUCCGAGGACUUCGACAAGUGGAAGAAGAUGAAGCACUGGCAGCAGAGCGCCGAGAAGCUGAAGAACAAGCUAAAAGAGCGUGACAACGAAUUCGAGAAGCUCCAGCAGACGUGUUCCGGGUACAGAUUGCUCAUAGAACGGUUGGAGAGGGAGAAGCACAAUUUGGAGAACAGGGUGAAGAACUUGAAGAGCAGCAACGCGAGCGCUGUGGGCGUGAGGGAGGUGGAGGUGUUGAGGAUUGAGAAUAUGAGGCUGCAAGCGGAGAUAGAGGCGGUCAGUUCUAGGUUGGAGAUGCAGCAGCACCACGCCGGUGGACUGGGUGCAGCCAUGAUGCAGGAGAAGUUGGAGGGGCAGGAGAGGAAAAUCGCCAUUUUGGAGCUAACUGCGAAGGGCUCUGCCGAGGUUAGAGCCGAACUGGAACGCCUUCAGGACACCGUUUCGAAUCUGCAGAAGAGGAAUUUGUGCUUAGAAGCCGAAAAUCUGGACUUGAAACUGGACCUGGAAAAGUCCAACAAAGAAAUUCCCCACUUCCACCAACAGAUACAGCACUUGGAAAAUUACGUCGAUGUACUGAAAAGCGAGAAUACCAAGAGGGAUUUGGACACUUUGCCUUGCAGCUCCCAACCUACCAAUGAACCUAAGAGGGUGUCGGAACUGGAAAGGACCGUCUUUAUCCUGAAAAGAGUGGUGGAAAAGCUUCAAGCCGAAAACAAACGUCUACUUACAGGGAAGAGACCGUUAUCUGAUCGAUCACCUUCUGGGGACAAACUCAAGAGAGACUACGCCCGGUUGAAGGAGCAGUACGGGGAGAGUCUGCAAAAGAUCGGACUAUUGGAACGGCAACUAGCCAAUAGGAACGAAGCGAAAAAUAUGCUGAAGAAACCAGAUGACGCUCUUUCCGAUGAGCUGGCCAAGGUGAAAGAAGAAUUGGAACAAAAGUCUCAUCUCCUGGAGAAGGUUAAGGUGUUGCUGCACAGGGCAGCUGCGAAGGAAAAGUCCCUUCUGCAAGAGAUAGCUGAGUUGAGAAGCCAGAAAGAGGCUGGAAUUAGUCCUAUUCCAGAGGAAUCUGAAGACAGCUCUGAAAUUUAGGUUUUUAUACUAUA